AUGAGUCAUAAGCGUAAGAACCAAAAAGUAUUUUUUGCGAAUAGCUCAUCGUCAGAAAUAGAGACGAAUGCUGGUUUUGUGACAAGAAUCAACCAGAAAGGAUUGGAUUUGAUGGCAGAUUUUUUGAGUGAACGAGUUGGCAGGAUUAUGAAUCACGGCGAAGUUUUUUUCAAUUACUCAGGACAACUCUCUGAGCAAGGAUCCGAUUUCUCGACGUCUAUUGAGACCAUCUUCAACGUGCUCAGUAGUGGGGUUGAAAUUUUUGGCAAUUCAGUUUUGAAUGUUGACAGGGCUGUGAUAAAAAUCCAUCUGACAACAGCCAUAAAUGAAGAUGGACAUUUAAAAACGGAUUUAUUCGAAUGCUUUGUUGAUCCAGAAUCGGUAAAGAUGAAUUUUAGUGAAACCGAUUCAAUCGUGUUGACUAAUUAUAUCGAUUAUAUCAAUGAUUAUGCACGCUCUCAAAUUCAGGAGAUUCUUUGUUCAACUUUCGACACGCAUCUCGUACCAGUUAUAUCGAAUCGUCUUAUGAAUACACCAAUGAGCGCUGCACUUUUUGAUCAGUAUUUUCUUAACUAUGCUCUUCUAGAAACACCGCGAUACACGAACAAUUUCGUCGAAUUGAAGCAUCGUGGCAAUUCGUUUGGUAUUCUAAGGCAGGGUCGCAAUCGACUGAAUGAUUUUCGACUACCAUUUCGGCCUGUAUCAUUCCCGGUACCAUCCAAAUCACAUGGAAUGGUUGACUUUUACAUGUCAAAUUAUACGUUGUCAAGUUUAUUGUAUUGGAUGGAUCAAUACAAACAAUUUAAUUAUGAAAUUAGUAAAAAAUCGAUUAACAGUUCCACGAUAGUUGGUUAUUUGAAGAGUGAAUGUGGAAGCGCAGAGGUUUGUGCCGGAACUCUUUUCCCAGCAUUAGCUGCGAAAUAUCCGAACGGAAUUGUGCAAAUACGAACGCAUACUAUCACAUAUCCACGUGUAAGAUUAGAUGAAGGCAAAGCUUUUAUCACAAUGGAUAGUCGUGUAGAGGCUUCAGUUCAGCAACCGAAUCGAAUUGAACGCUUCCUAACAGCGAGUAUGUCAGUGGAAAUGAACCUGAAGAAGGUGACGUUCAAUGAUUACACACUCAAAGGAGAGAUGAGAAUUAAUAAAUUUCGUAUUUUCGAUGUUAACAGUAUGGUUGAUGGCAUUGAUGCAACAAGUCUUGAAUUCCUUGUCAGUGCUCUUAACGAACUUGUCAUCGGCGAUCAAAUAGCUAAGCGAUUACAGCGUGGUGUAAAGUUUCCGAUAAUAUUCGACUUUACUCAACGCUCGUCAGAAGUCACAUUCGAGAGGAAUAGGAUACGAAUAUCGGUUGAUUAUUGUUUCGAUGCAAAUUGCAACGACAUUGCUGAGAAUCAGGAUAACAUUGAUUACUAUGACAAUAUACAAUCACUGUAA